UUCCUGGGACCAACUUCGACAUGGGCAUUCACUAGGCGCCUCACAUUUCUGCUUGAGCAGUAUGAGCCGCAACAAGAAGCGACGUUGUCUCCAUUUUUCAUGGAUGGAGCAGCAUUCCACCUGAAAUGGGCUGCCAAGCCUACCAUAGAACGUUCAGAUCUUCAAGGUCUGCCUCCCAAGAAUUACGUGGAGUACAUAUACUCGACUGUCAAGUUCCAGCUAGGCGACUUAUUCUCCAUGGUUGAUGAGCAAAGCUUCUUGCAGAACUGGCGGGCAUUCCAAGAAGAUCCUUGGAAUACCGUGCAACAGCAUCGCCUAUGGUUCGUAGAGUAUCUCUUGUUCCUCGCCUUUGGCAAAGCUUUCCUCGGAGAAUCGGAUGGGUCGAAUGCACCGAAAGGUCAUGAGUUCGCGGCUCGUGCCAUGUCUCUGCUCCCAGGCCCGUUCGAAAUGCACCAGGAAGAGCUUCUUGCAAUCGAGGUCCUCGCUCUCGUGGCAUUGUAUUUCCAGUCGAUUGAUAUGCGAAUCAUAGCGUAUCAGUAUAUUGGCCAGGCUGUUCGACUAUGCGGAGUAGAAGGAAUACACCACGACAUGCCUGAUGCGUUGGUCGGGAGGCAGAAGUCUGCCAGAGCAAACUUACUAUGGUGGAAUGUCUACAACCUGGACAGGUACUUCUCUGCUCUGAUGGGCUGCUCCAAUUCCAUCUCGGACGAGCAGGUAUCCGCAGAGAUGCCGUCGGUAAAGGACAAAUCGCUGUAUGCCACGGCACUCACCCUGCAGAUCAGUCUAUCAAAGCUGGUUGCCAAGACUUGUACGACAGUAUAUCAUGUCAGCGGCGAAGGCUUGGGCGGUGACUAUGUCAAGAACACGACUAUCAUCUUGCACGCUCUUGCAGAAGUGUCGCAGGAGCUGGAAGCUGUCAUGCCCAACUUUUCGAAGGAGACGCCGACAGACUUCCCGCAAGUCUUCUCUCAUGUGACUCUCUCCUACCACCACUGCAUCGUGCUCGCGACCAGACCACUGAUCGCGUGGUUAUUGCUGCUCGCCCUGCCUCCAGCCUCGACUGAUCUCCAGAACUUGGCGUCACCGAUCGCUGCGCUACUCCAGACCUCAGCAGAAUCAGCAUUGUCGAUUCUUGCAGUGCUUUACAAAUUCGCAGGCAACGACCUUCUUGAGACCUUCUUGCCUUUUCAUCUGGAGUUCGCCUUCUCGGCAACCCUACUAUUAUCCGUUCUCGACGCGAUUCUGCCUGAACAUGUGCCAGAUCGUGCGUGGCAGCGCUUAGCAGAAGGAGUGUUGCAAAAAAUGCAGAAGAAAGGCAACAUUGUCGUGCCACUCCGUAUGGCAGAGUUGCGGCGCCUGGAAGAGCUGCUCAAC